AUAAGGAAAAAUGCCAAGAAAAAUGAUGAUGGGAAGUGUCAACAAUGACAAUGUCCUCUUCUUCUACGACACGGAAAUUAUACUGUUUCUGCUACGACGAAGAUCCAGAACCAGAAAAAUAUCCCACCGCCGGAGAUGGAAAUUUCUGGGUUUAUGCCCAACAAAUGGAUUGCAACCGCCCUUGGAAUUUGGAUUCAAUGCAUCUGCGGUGCUUCCUACACCUUCAGCAUCUAUUCUCCCGCUCUCAAGUCCACGCAGGCCUAUGAUCAAUCCACUCUCGACACCGUUUCCGUUUUCAAAGACAUCGGCGCUAACGCCGGCAUCAUUUCUGGCUUUCUUUACUCCGCCGUCACUACCCCCGCCCCCCGGCCCUUUGCCGGACCAUGGGUGGUGCACGCCGCGGGAGCGAUUCAGUGGUUCCUUGGUUAUAUUUUCAUCUGGGCCGCUGUCUCUGGAGUUAUCGAUCGACCGCCGGUGCCGGCGAUGUGCUUCUUCAUGUUUUUGGCUGCACAUGCGCAAACAUUUUUCAAUACGGCGAAUGUUGUAACUGGCGUGCACAAUUUUGAGCACUAUAGUGGGACGGUUGUGGGAAUCAUGAAGGGAUAUCUUGGUCUCAGUGGAGCACUGAUAAUCCAAGUUUAUACGACUUGUAAUGGAGAUCCAAGCAAUUUUCUCCUUAUGCUGGCGGUUUUGCCCACACUUCUUUCCAUCAUGUUCAUGUGGUUUGUUAGAAUUGACAAAACAGAGUCUAGUAAUGAGAUGAAGCAUUUGAACUCAUUGUCUGCACUUGCUGUGAUAGUUGCUUUUUACCUAAUGGUUGUCAUCAUCUUGAACAACACUUUCUCCCUUUCAGCAUGGACUCGUUUCUUUACGUUCUCCAUACUCUUGAUUCUCCUUGCUGCUCCUCUUGGAAUUGCCAUUAAUGCUCAAAAGGAGGAUUUUAGAGAGCCAUCUCCAUCAUUCAUCUCUGAAAAAAGUCAGGUUAACAAAUCCGAGUCGAUGGAUGCAGAGGAUUCUGUGGAAUAUCAUGAGCUGCCCAGGGAAGAGAACCAGAUCAUGGCUGUUGCAAACUCUAGAACCCCUCAACCCCUGAAUGUCUUGGAAGCUAUACGCACUAUAAACUUCUGGCUGUUGUUUCUUGCCAUGGUGUGUGGAAUGGGAUCUGGAUUGGCCACAAUAAACAACAUGAGCCAAAUUGGUCAGUCUCUUGGUUACACAGCAACAGAGACAAAGACAUUUGUUUCCUUAUGGAGUAUAUGGAAUUUUCUUGGACGUUUUGGAGCUGGUUACACCUCUGAUUUUCUUCUCCACUCAUACGGCUGGGCAAGACCAUUGUUAAUGGCAAUUACUCUACUGGGAAUGAGUGGCGGCCACAUCAUGAUUGCUUCCGGUUUCUCUGGAAAUCUGUAUGUGGGUUCAAUUCUUGUUGGCAUAUGCUACGGCUCACAAUGGUCAUUGAUGCCUACAAUCACUUCAGAGAUAUUUGGUUUAGAACAUAUGGGUACUAUUUUCAACACCAUAGCCAUAGCCAGCCCUUUGGGGUCUUACAUUUUUUCUGUUAGAGUUAUCGGUUACAUUUACGACAGAGAAGCGACUGAAGAACAUGGUUCUUGCAAUGGCACACACUGUUUUGUGGUAUCUUUUCUUGUCAUGGCCGUCGUAGCUUUCUUCGGAUCUCUUGUUGCUGCUGCACUCUUCUUUCGAACCAGGAGAUUUUACCGACUGGCUUUGCAAAGAAGAGUUGAAUGUCUUAGUUAAAGGAGCAAGGAGAAUUAUAGGAUGAGUAAGAUGAUUGCUUGUAGAUUUUAUACUGAGUGUAAAGAAAUUUGUUUGUCUUGCUUCAUUGAAGUUUUAUACUUUUAAACAGCAUAUCAGAGUGAGAUGGAGUUAUGUUUUUGAACGUUGUACUGUAUCAUAGGUUGAUCAAUGUGUUAAUAUAAAUUAUGUCGGUUGCCUUUUUUUUUUCCCUC